AUGCUUAUUUUGCUUUUAUUGGUUGGAAGCCUAUCAUAAAACACUUAGUAUUUAUGACUAAAAAUUAUUAGAGCUUUAUAGUUACAUAACGGUUGAUGAUGCCUUAUCUGAUCUGUUAAAAAAAUAGCCAAAAGGAUAUAAACCAUGGCAUCCAUCUUUGAGUGUGAGAUUACGUGUAUAAGAAGAAGAAAGAACUUAAGAAUUUUAUUCAUUUGUUUAAUAGCAAAUAAAAAUCAAAUAAAGAGGAAUGAAUACUUAACAUCCAAUGCAAUUUGUAUAAGUAUAAGGGCCAGAAUUUUUUGAGAAUUUGGUUUGCAAAUGUAGUUUUUCUCCUGCAGAAGUAGCUUAAGAAGAAGAAGAAGGAGGUGAAGGAGGAGAUGAAGCAGAUGCAGGUGGUGCAUGUGAACCUGAAGGUGGUGGUGAAGGAGAAGGAGAAGAUGGAGGAGGAGAAGAAGUGGAAUUCAUUGUUAAAAAAACUAAAGCACACGGAAAAGACUUUAGUUUUCUAUAAGUUGGAACUUAAAGUAAUUUAAAUUAAUAUAUUCCUUAACCUUAAUAAGUAGAUUAAUUAUCCUAAUAUGAUUAAAGACUUUUAGCUUAAGAACAAUUAAUAAAACAGUUUAUGGAAAAAUAAAAUUAACUGACUUAAUAAUUAUCUAUGUUACAAUAAAGUUAAGGUGUAUUUGUUCCAUCACUUUUUCCAACUGUUGUAGAUCCCAAUUUCUUAACUCCUUAAUAAUAAGCAUAGAUGCUUUACUUACUAUAAUUGCAAUAACAAUAACAAUAAAUUCAAUAACAACUACUCUAACAACAAAUGCUUAACCAAUUAUCAUUCCAAUCUAAUCCAACAAUGUUAAAAAAUGAAAAUGCUUAAAUGCAACAAUAAUUUCAAAUUCCAAUUCAAUAACCAUUUGUUUAUGCUCAACCAGUUACUUAAAAUAUUUUGAAUCCAUAGUAAUUAUUGCUUUAACAAUAACUACUUUAAUAAUAGUAAAUAUCUCAGCAAUAAAUUCCUUAAUAAAUAAACUAAUAGUAAUUACUCUAGCAACAAUAGUAGUUGUUAAAUCAAUAGCAGAUAUCAUAACCAUAAUAAAUUGGAUAACCUAAUAUUCCCCAACAAAUACCACAAUUCUAAUAAUCAUAAGUCCCUCCUAUUAUUAUACCAGGUUAAUAAUAGUAAUUUUCAGGUUUUCAAUAACAACCAGUUUAAUAAUAAAUUCCUUAACAAGUUUAAUAUUAAAAUUUAUAAUCACAAUCAACUUAUCAAUAGAUUCCUUAACAAUAAAUAUAAUAAUAAUAGAUGCCUUAAGAAUAAUAAAUGCCUUUAUAAUAAUAAAUACCUUAAUAAUAGUAAAUACCUUUAUAAUAAUAAUAAAUACCAUAAUAAUAGAUACCAUAAUAAUAAUAAAAUGGAUUUCUAUAAUAACCACAAUAAUAACAGAACAUUCCAUAAUUCGAUUAAUUGGUAUAUAAAUAUGUUAAAUUUAGUUGGCUUAAUAAAUGGCUUAACCCUUGAUGUAACCUUAGUUCUUGUAAAAAUAACCAUAAAUUAUUGGCGGAGGGUGAUCAGUACGAAAAAUUUGAAAUAAG